GAAAGGUAUUUCGAAAUCGAAAAUGCUGGUUUUCAUUAAAUAUGUUGUAUCUGGACCUCGUAGAAAAAUAUUGGACAUCGUUGUAAGACAUCCUGGUUCAGCGCAUGAUUCUUUAAUCUUUGAUCGAAGCGGUGUUCGAUGUCGUUUCGAAUUGGAUAUUCUUAAUGGAAUUUUACUUGGAGAUAGUGGAUACCCAUGUCGAAAAUAUUUAAUAACUCCUGUUUUGAGACCUAAUAAUGAUGCAGAAAUUAGAUAUAAUGCUCAUAGGAAAACUAGAGUUACCGUUGAACAAUUAUUUGGCAAAUGGAAACGACGCUUUCCAUACUUAUAUUAUGGUUUAAGAACGAAAUUAAGUACAUUGGUUGCAAUUAUCUGUGCUACUGCUGUAUUAUAUAAUAUAUGUAUCCAGCACGGUAUUCCACCGUUAGAGAAAAUUGAAGAAGAAUAUAUACAAGAUGGAGUAUUUGAGGCUGUUUUUAAUCAAGAAGAUGGCAUUGGGAUUAUACAUAGAAGAUCUGUACAUAUGUUUUGA